AUGGCGUGGGGUAACGCUCGCUCGCGAACGAACGCGUCUUCUUCGUCAUCAUCUUCUCAGUUUCGCGGACGCAACUGGGCCGCCGCCACCAACAAACACGACGACGACGGAGGAGGUGGUUCGCAAUCUAAACUGAAAGGUUUGAAAUCCUCAUCGUCUCGCGGAGGAGAUUCCAUCGUACAGUUUUUGCUCCGAUCGAAAUCGUUGCCGCUGUGGUUUGCCAUCGUCUGUUGCGUAGGGUUAGUUCUGUACGUUCGACCACAGAUUUCUCCCCUUCAUCAUCACUCUUCACACCUUCAUCACCGUGAAAAUACGGAAUAUAAUUACCACUCGGAGAAAGAACACGAAGUCGAUUUGCGACGAGCGGUGACGAAAAACAACAACAACAACAAUAAGGAAGAAGAUGACGACGACGGAGAAGAAGAUUUAGGAGAGUCGUCGAAGAAACACGCGUCGACGGCGAAAGCUGCGGCGGCUAAAGCGCAGAAGAUUGUCCGCGAAAGGUCUUCCGCCGGUGGUAACAGUGGUGGUGAUGAGGAGACUACGAAGAAGAAGAUAGCAGCAGCAGGAGGAACAAUAACGGCGAGUACUGCAGGCGCGAAUAAAAAAUCCGCAAAAUGUCAAGCACAAUUAGACGGUGCUCGAACGUUCUAUUCUGGAGUAUCGAACGUACUCCCGGUGUGUAAUUCUUUGAGACAGAAACCGGUGUUUGAUUUCGACGGAGAGUUGAAUGACGCGCCGACAGUGAAGUUUGGGAAAGCGGUGAAAGUAUUUUCAUUCAACGAGACGUAUCGGUACGCGCACAUGGUUACCGCGGCGGCGUUACCGAACGAUGUUAUCGUGGCCGCGUUCCAAGCCGCGCCGAGUUUACAAAUGGAAAACGGACAAACAAAGUUCGCCGUGGAAGGUUUACCGGACCAAAUUAUUUUAUACUCGGUUUCCAAAGACGGCGGUAAAUCGUGGAGCGGCAGCAAAAGAGCGCCAGUUGGGAACGAAGGGAGAGCGGUGUGGGCACCGGUUUUACACUACGACGAGAAAGCGAAAAAGUUGAUGUUGUUUUAUGCGGCGUCGGAAUUGUGCGUCAAACAUUACGCGAAGCCAGUUCCGAGAUCAGAUCCAGGAGGACACAUCAAGAUGAUUGAAAUCGAUAACUUUGGCGAGGAUGGGAAGGUUGUCGAUGAAGGCGCUUGGUCAGCUCCGAAGAUGGUGUACGAACAAAAACGAGGAGAAAUGCCGUAUUUAAUCGCGAACAAGCCAAUCAAAGCUUCGAACGGUGAUUUGAUUUUGCCAUUCUGGCAAGAAUAUAACUUCAAAUACGAAAGCUCGGAUUCGGCCAAUCCAAAUGACGACGAAGAUGAUAGUAAUAGCGAUAAUAGUAAUAACGCAGGUGCGUGCGUAACGAGAUCUUACGCGGAAGGUGAAUGUCCGCCAGAUAGAGAAACCAUUUCUGGAGUACUCAUAUCUUCCGAUAAUGGGAAGACGUGGACAAAAAAAGGUGACAUCAGACAUCCAAAGACGAGUUUGUUGGAAGGCGCGAUUGCUGAAAUCUCGGCGUUACCGCAAGGAUCGGAUGAACCACAACCGGCGUUGACAAUGCUCUUUAGGACAGAUUGUGGAUGUGUGUUUCGGUCGAUGUCGUUCGAUUUCGGUGCGACGUGGUCGGAUCCGCAUCCAUCGCCCGGAAAUUUACCAAACGUCAACACGAAGUUGGACAUGACUUCGUUGUAUCCAACAGGUCACUUAGCGAUGGCCUUUAACAAUCAUCGACGAUGGGAACACAUCGGAAGUAAAGAGCAUCCGUGUAAAUUGUGCCGAACGCAUUUACACUUUGCGUUGAGCUCGAAUGGCGGUGAAGAUUGGACCACUGUCGCGGCCUUUGAUGACUUAGUUCAACCGGAUGUUCGAAUUCACUACCCGAGUAUUUUGCCGUUGGGUAGAGGCGAUAACGUUCGGGAUGACCGCGUUUUGGUUUUGUAUUCCAAGUUUUUCUUAGGAAAGUGUAAGGAGAGUGAGAAAGGUCAAUCGCCGCUGAUUUGUCCAGGCUUUAACGAUCCAACGCAAGGUAUCCUCGCGAGACGAGUCGAUACGCACUUACUCUUUUUGGGUAACCUUUCGCCUUUGACAGCGAAAACAACCGUGAAAGGCACUCCAGAAGACCCACACUCUAGACCAGAUCCGUCCGAUACCGUCGCGUUGACGGUUUUGAGACAGUUUCUCACGUGGUGGAAAGAGAAGAACGUGCCAGUCGAUUAUCCAGCGACGAAAAUGAAACCAGACGCGCUGCAAGAAGGCAGAGGUUUCGUUCGAAUCAAAACCAUGCGAAGAAAAAACAUAGCGAGUAGAUUUUGGGACAAAGUCGUGGAUUCGUUACAUGACAGGUUUGAUCUAAGACGAGUCGGUGGAAGCGCGUUUUACCGAAGACACAAGCGAUUGAUGAAUGAAUUUUCUUCAAUGGCGGACGACGUUCUCGCGGUUUUAGGUGUGGAUAAGAAACCAGGAGCAGAUGGAGCGGAUGGCGGCGAAGAAAGUGAAGAAGGAAAGUAG